AUGUUAGCAACCCGAGCUCAAGCUCGCCUGUGCUCUGCUGGGCACGUGGGCCACAUCGCCAAAUUAUUAACCGCGAGCCCCGCCCCUAUCGUACUCGCAGGCCGACCUUUCCUAGGAACAGCUCACAGGUUCCCCCAACAGACGAGAAACUUUGCGCAGUUCGCUAUCGUCAAAGAUAGGGUCCCCAAGAAGGACCUGGAGGAUGUCCGCGUAACGAAACCAGUUUUUCCCGGUCCCAAGUAUACGGAUAGGGAACUGCUGGAAGUUGAAGUUGGCCAUCGAGAGCCAGAGACGCUAGCCGACUCAUUGGCUUGGCGGCUGGUCAGAGGAGUCUUCUUCAACAUUUGCUUCGUCGCCCGCUGGAUCUCGCCCACCUUCUUCCACCGUUUCGUCGGCUACAUCGAGGAGGAGGCGAUUCACACCUAUUCUCGACUUGAGCGGGAGAUCCGACUUGGUCAGAUCGAAGGCUGGUCGGAUCCCAAGUUUCCCAUCCCCGAUAUUGCCGUGGAGUACUGGAACAUUCCUCCCGAGAGGAGGACCAUGCUCUGGCUCACUCGAUACAUCCGCGCUGAUGAAGCCGGCCAUCGUGGGGUAAACCAUACACUCGCCAACCUGGACCAACAGACCGACCCCAAUCCAUUCGAACCGAGCGCAAGGGACGAGAACCCAAAGAUUCCAAACGCCGUUCUCCGUCCUCAGGGCUACGAAAGGUCCGAGGUCAUCGAGGGCAUUGGGGAGCGCGAAAGGACACCAAUUGAAAGCAUCCCCGCGUCGAUUGGUCUUAGCUUAGCUGUAAGAGCAAUCGCCAGCCCUGAAAUCGUCUUCGGUGCAAAGAAUGUAGAGGUUUCGGUAGACAACUACAACUACCGGAACUAA